ACAUGUCAUUUAUCUUUAUUAUUCCAAUAAGGGACAGAACCUGCUACAGGUCUUUAAUUGGAGGGAGAGCUGUAUCUUGAAAGUUAUUUUUUGUAAAAACCAAACAUUUAGCAAAAAGUUCAUACUCAGAACAUUUCAUGAUGUAUCACAAUUGCUUAUGUACUGACUGAAAAUUGUCAUACACCAAUGAUCAUGACGUUCGUAGGUGUUUGGUGAUGUCAUGGCUGAAAGUGAAGGAAUCUGACAUACAGUGCUGUACUCUCCACUUGUACACUGCCAAGCACUUGGAAAUCAAGUCCACCCGAAAUGACCAAUUCAACACAAUGAAAAACAUGGGAGUAGGCCUAUGCUAUCACAGACACAAUAUUAUGGUUGGGUUUUCCAACCUUGACUUCACGGUGUUUCGUUCCCUCCCUAUGCAUUUCUUUUGUUCGGUUGAGCAACAUACUGUUUAUCUUCACUGCUUCUUCUUUUAACUCAGGAGAAGACUGCUUCUGUUUUGAUCACGGUAGCAUGCGAAUCUAACAAAACCUGGGAAAUAAAAGCCAUUUAAAAUCUGAAAGAGCAGAUUGAAGACUAACAAGAAACAAUUUAAAGAACGGUUUUCAAGUUAUCUUAAAAAGAUUCCAGAAUUUGGCAGAGCCUGACAAAAAAAUAACUACAAAGGAGCAGAAAUUAAUUCAAUAUUAAGAACAAUGCCACUGGAAAUUAUAAGAGGUCAAGAUGGGUUCGUGGCUGUGGAGGAUAAACAGGGCAUGGAUGCCAUUCCAGGGAGUGUGACACUAAAGAAAGAUGCACAGAAUCUCAUCGGGAUCAGCAUUGGUGGAGGCGCCCCCAUGUGUCCAUGCUUAUACAUUGUUCAGGUGUUUGACAACACCCCAGCAUCCAAGGAUGGCACGCUUGCUGCUGGCGAUGAGAUUGUCGGAGUGAAUGGAAAAUCAGUCAAAGGUCGAACUAAAGUUGAGGUUGCUAGGACAAUCCAAGCAGUCAAAGCCACAAACAAAUGUAUGAGACAUACCCCAUCAGUGAGUGAUGUCAUCAUUAAUUACAACAAACUGCAAGCUGACCCAAAGCAAGGCAAGACACUGGAUAUUGUCAUGAAGAAGGCUAAACAUAGAGUUGUGGAGCAUCUGAGUUCCUCAACAGCUGAUGCUCUAGGCCUCAGCAGAGCCAUCCUUUGUAAUGAUUUACUUGUUAAAAAGCUAGAAGAACUAGAGAGGACUCACAACAUGUACAAAGGCCUGAUGGAGCAUGCUAAGAGACUCCUGCGUGCGUUUUAUGACAUGUCACAAACACACAAAGCAUUUGGAGAUUUGUUUUCUGUUAUUGGUGCUCGCGAACCACAACCAAAAGCCUGCGAAGCCUUUGUCAAGUUUGGAGAAGCCCAUCGAACAGUAGAGAAAUAUGGCAUACGAUUACUUAGAACCGUAAAACCAAUGUUAGCUGAUCUUGGAACGUUCCUGAGUAAAGCUAUUCCAGACACACGACUUACGAUAAAAAAGUAUGCCGAUGCUAAAUUUGAAUAUUUGUCUUAUUGUUUAAAAGUGAAAGAAAUGGAUGAUGAGGAGUAUGCAUAUGCUGCGCUAGGAGAGCCUCUCUAUAGGGUAGAAACUGGCAACUAUGAAUACAGGUUGAUUCUUCGUUGCCGCCAGGAAGCAAGGGCAAGGUUCGCAAAGAUGAGGUCAGAUGUGAUGGUGAAGAUGGAACUUCUUGAUCAGAAACACGUUCAAGAUAUCGUUUUCCAGUUGCAGCGUUUAGUUUCCACAUUUGCGCAGUACCACAAAGACAGUCACGCGCAGAUGAAGGGCGCCGAUGUCUUUCCAAUCGAGGUCGACAUUCUCAAGACAACGUUCAGCUACGGGCAACAGGAGGAAUUUACCGGGGAAGGAGAAGAGGAUGACGACGAUGAGGAGCUUCUGACCGUGGAACCAACUCCAGAAGAUAGUCUCCCUGAGCCGACUGAACCGUUCACUGGCAAUCUGCUGGGUGAUUGAGGAAAGGAAACUCACCAUUCUUCCAAUUAUAUUUUGUAUAUUAUGGAUAUGAUAACCUUUGGUGUCUAUUUUCUUUUAUGUUUAUUUGAUUUAAUCUUAUUCUUUUAAGUUUAUACUUUUGUUCCUGGGAACUAAAUAAUUUUAUUUCAAAAGAGCAAACAUAUAAAUGUAUAUUUAUAUAUUUAAUCAUGUUAUCUUCCCUUCAAUUCUCAAUCGUUUUAAUCUAUUCUAAAAUGUUUUCAAUACAGUAUUAACAAAUUAAUUUUAAUUUCUUCACUUAAUUUAUCUUUCAUAUUUUGUCACUAUUUCCAAUUAGUUUAACUGGUGCAAUAUUUAUUCUUAGGGAUUCCAUGUGUUCAGAUUUAUUUAAAAGGUGUUAUAUUAUUAUUUAGUGUUUCUUGUAAUUCCCUGGUGUUUUCAUUGUAAUGUAUUCAUACUAAGAUAUUCAAAAAGUGUUUAAUUAAAUCUUAUUAAACAAAGCUGUAUCAGAUAAAAUGCAACAUGGUGUAUAUGACUUCUUGAUUAUUAUUAAUAUUAUUGUUGUUGUCUUUAUUAUUAUUAUUAUUAUUGUCAUGAAUGCUAUUUUUAUUAUUAGUAUUGUUAAUAUUAAUUAUUAUUUAUAUAUAUUAUUAUUAUUAUUAUUAUUAUUAUUAUUUGUUAUAAUUAGACAUAUUUUAUUAGGCCUAUUAUCAUUAAGAGCAUCAUUCCAAUUUAUAAAUAAAUUAAUAACAGAUAUUUAAUAUUAAAUAAGCAGCAGUACAGUAAUUAGUUUUUUCUGUUAUUAUCUGACAGAUUAUCAUAAUAAUAAAGUUAUGUGGUGAUUAUCAUUUAAUAAGAAAUAAUUGUAUAUAUUUGUACUGUACUGUGUGUGGGUAAAGCAGAUUAAAUUACCAGAUCAAAUAAA